CGAGGACAAGGAUUUCAUCGUGUCGUCGUUCUCGUUGCUGCGUCCGCGGCGUGCGUCUUUUUUUUCUCGUCACUCCACCUCGAGAAGUACUUGCUUGUACUACUUCCCGGCUGUGACGAAAUAGAUAUCUGAUUUUUUCCUUUAUAUACCAUUGCUGAGAUGAUAUUACCGAAACACGACGAACAGCAGGAUUUGUAAAUUGGGCCUCCUAGUAUCCCCAGGACGGCACAAUUCCAUUUCCAAGUACAACCACCCGCCUUUUUCUCAACCACUUUUCUUGUUUGUGAAGAACGACAGUAUUAUUUACACUUAUUCACGCCAAAAAUUCAGAAACGCAACACUGUAACUACUUUCUCUCAACAACAACAUCGCACUAAAGCUAUGACGAAAACUUCCCUGAAGAAAACAACCCUGGCCUUGGCGGCCACCGGCGCCACGGCGGUGGAGGUGAUGAUCCUCAAGCACUUGAAAAAAUCCAAGGCGGGCCGUCGUGCACAGGUUGGAAAAAGCGAGCAGCGGCUGCUGAAGACCGGCGCGGGUGAACUGCACAAGGCGGGACGACAGGAAGAAUCUGCUGCGACCCGUCUCGCAACGGAUCCUUUUGAGCGCUAUGCGCUGGUCGAUUAUGACGAUGACUGUUUGGACUCCGGCACGAUUAAGGCUGACGCCCAGUUCCACUGUAAGAAGGUGGGCACUGCUGGUGCAGACUCCGGGCCUGUCGAAGUCUGCAGCGGCUUGAUGGAGAACGGAGAUUCUCCUUGCAACGGCGCUGACCAAACGGACACGGGCAAGUGCCAGUGGGACGCCGACAACGGAAAAUGCAAGUUCCGCGACUUCGUCGCGGAGAACAACCAAGGGUUUCAACACUGCCGGACGCACGCCGACGAAGCCGCCUGCAACGGCGCCGCGGCUGAAACCAUCCCCUUCGGAGGGUCGUGCUUCUGGCGGUCCGAAGUGAGCGCUUGUGUUUUCACGCCGGAAUGCCUCGACGAUCCGGCUCCCGCGGCUGGCGGCAGCUGCAUCAACCCUGCGUCACCGAGGAAUCGGGCUGCGUUCGGGGACUGGGGCAUCGGGCUGGUGUCCGCAGACGGGAAAACGGGCUGCGGCGCGAUCGAAACCGAAGGAGCCUGCAACGCGUACCCGAACUGUCUGUGGGACGACGAUGCCGCAGCGACGCCGCAAUGCACAGUGAAACGGGCCGCAAACGACAUCACACCGACGGCGGGCAAUGUCACGGUGUCGAGCACGUACUCAUCCACGACUUCCAAGCAAAACCUGGUGGACGGAAACCUGCUGGGGAACCCCUUCAACUCCGCUGACGGCGAAGACGGCGAAGACGCGCCUGCCCAGAAGUGUCCGUGGGUCCAGCUGGAACUGCCAAAUGAAAGCACGCAGGUGGGCCACGUGGAGCUGACCACGCUUCUGCAUUCCGACUACGCUCUUAACCGCCUCCGCCGGCUGUUUUUUCGCAAGAAGAUCCUCAACUUUGCUGGUGACAAAACGUGGAACGCAACGGACGGAAACCUCCCGGAGGGAAGCCUUGACACAGAGCAGAACAGCGGCAUCCGAGUUCUGGUCACGAACAACAAGCGCGAUGUUCCGGCUGCCGGGCGUGGUGACGCGUGCGCGGAGCCCGCCAAGGUCUGCAACUCCCGCAAUGGCGCGUGCUACGACUUCGAGGUCUGCGAGCACAUCAUCUGCAAGGAAGGCGAAGGAGCGACCUGCAAGAACCGGUUCGUUGUGCCGGAGGGCAUGCUAUGAAUUGCAAUUUACAUAUAAUCUGGGAGGUCUGGAACAUUGCCUCAAAGAACCCAUGAAGAUGCUAAAAACUGGCCCGCUUCUUACUGUACGCAAUAAAUAAGGGCGAACUCCUCGUUCUCACGCGGGUUAAGCAUGUUGGAGAAGCUGCCUCCUGCGCAAAACCUGUAGAUGAAAUCAUGCUCGCUGUAGUUCGACGUGCAUUUGUUCAGGAUCGAUGGUGUCGUCUGACAUGUGGACUUCGACUUCUCCAGAGGACCCAGACAUUUAAUUAAAUAAUUUGCAGUUGAUAGAUGCCCCCGGACGCCGGCACCGCUACCGUCGACUGUAGAGGGAAGAUGGGGAAGUACUUGACCAUUGAGCUGCCCGGCAUCGAGGAAAACCCGGGAGCCGGCGAUCCGGAGUUCCGCAUUCUGAACCUGAACGAAGUGAAGGUGUUUCGGCCUUUAUCAAAAGGAAGAAUCCCCCCUCCCCAUUAUAUCAAAACGAAGUUUCUGAUGCUGGAUUAAUUUACGUACACAAAUCAGAUUUGUAUUGCUGGAGAGGACCACUGCAGGCCUACAGUAAUCCUGAGUAGGGAGGUUUUGGGCUAGGCCUAGGCACUGAGCAUGGCAAACGUCUACUCUGUAGGGCCAAGAGCAUCACAAACCGCCUGCAGAAUGCGGCGGAGCCUGUGGAGUUGCGUUCUUGCAAGACAGAGACGAUUUGUGGCCACAAGUCAGCAUCACAAAAAAUUUUCUGAGACGUACCUUUUCGAUUUCUGGGAGGGGGGAUUUUUCAUUUUGAUAGCCUUCGGCGCCACCGGAACCGAAAGAUAUCACACCGUCCGCGGAUGCGAUCACAGCGUCCAGCGAAUUCAACGAAGAUCACGAUGUGGACUUUCUGGUGGACGGUGACCUGCUAUCGAGCAAAACAGCUGCGUUAGUGGGGUUCUUACUCACUUUGUAAAAAUGCAGAUGAAGAACACGUUAAAAAUGUGCCGGUCAAGUCAUCAUGCCCAUGCGUUGCAAGGUGCUCUCAACCUCCGCGUUUUCGCGUACUGUAGUAAGUAUGUAUGAUCUUCGUGUGAUAACAUUUUGCUGUCAUGUUAUUACCCGCUUCUCCAAAACCAAAAUAUUUGUAAUGCUGCUUCUCCAAAAAGACCAAAAUUAAUAAAUACAAAAGCUGGACUAACGCGGUUUUUCUCCUGGAUACCUGUCUGGCCUUGUUUUCAACACCGCGGACAACAAUUACGGCAGCCCUGGCCACUAUGGUAGCGUCAGGUUGGAAAUCGAAAUUGACAAAAUGGAAAUUAUAGAUUAUUUGUGAGGCAUAAAAUGAUAAUGAAUCGAUACCCGCCUGCUUCGGAGCCCCAGCCCCCAUUUGGUCUAAGCGGAAAUAGGUGCAUCUUCAAUGGCAAAAGAAACAGCGGGCUUUGUCAUGCUCUUCAGCAUGAUGAUCCCCAUGAUCCAGGAGCCUGGUCAGGAGAUUUAGGUCUGGCACAUAUUUUACGCAGCAUCCAGUGCAAGAACACAGGCACUUUAUUUUGUCGUGUUGCAUUGAAUUAUACCUCAUCCCAUCGUAGAAUUACUUAGAUGCAUGUUGAAGUAGAUUUACUUUUACAUUUAGAGUUAGCAGCUUUUCCAUUUUUCCGAUGUCCAACCUCUGACGCUUUGAUAGCCAACAUUGCCCGUGGGUGCAGCUCGAGCUGUCCGGCGUCAGCACCGGAGCCAAGGUGGGCGCAGUGGAGCUGACGAGCUACAUCUCCGGCGACGGGCUGUUUCGGCUGCGCCGCCUCUUUUUCGACAAGAAAUACGAUGGAAACACUUGGAACGCCACCGACCCGGCGAAGAUCGAGUCGAACGUGACCGACCAGCAGAACGCCGGGUUUCGGGUCCUCCUCCAGAGCGAACCCCGCGACCGCUCCGCUACCUCGAGAUGGUUUCACCAGUACGUGACACACAAAGAGACCGGGGUGACGCGCAUCCGGGAAUGGUGGCAAGGUACUGGAAAAGGGGAGACCUGCGACGCCCUGUCGACCAGCAGCGCGGCCCAGGUGUGUGAACACGUGGUUUGCGAAAUUGGGGAAACGUGCAAGGACCAAUUCGUGCCAGACGCUACCAUUGAUGGGGUCGGUACCGCCACGGUGGACUGCGGAGGCAAGGAAGGAAAGUACUUGAUCAUCGAGUUGCCGGGGGUUGUGCCGGGAGAUUCUCCAGACACCCGCAUCUUGAACCUGAACGAAGUGAAAGUGUUUGCGUUUGCGCGCCGCGCAUGCGACACCUUCGAUCAACAAGCCAACUGCCCCUCCGAUCGCUGCGCGUGGGCCGACGGAAAUUGCGGCGACAAGACUGCCGACCCAGCUGCGUGCGACACCUACGAUCAGGCCACCUGUCCCUCCGAUCGAUGCGCGUGGGCCGACGAGAAGUGCGGCGACAAGACUACCGAACCAGCCGCAUGCGACACCUACGAAGAGGCCACCUGUCCCUCCGAUCGAUGCGCCUGGGCCGACGACAAGUGCGGUGACAAGACUCCAGGUACUUGUUGUCGCAAUUUUCUUUUGUUCUAAUAAGCAGCUCGCUCGUUGACGUGAACAUUCUUUUUUGCGAGAAUGAUUGCACGAAGUCUGCAAAUCAUGUUGGCGAAAAACAAAAACAUACUUCUAGCUUUUACUUACUCCUGGCUUGAACUUGUUCCACGUCAUUUUUGUAACAUCAACAGAAGCCUGCAGCACACUGGCCGAGGAUGA